AUGGCGGCACCAGCACCGACAGCAGUGGCCGUGAUUGGCUACGGAUCGUCUGCGCGCACCUUUCACAUCCCAUUCGUCCUCUCCCUCCCCGACGUCUUUCACCUUCACACGAUCCAGCAGCGACCAGAGAGCAAGUCUGGCCCGCCCGCGUCGACACAGCACCCGAAUGUGCGCAUCGCGCCCACGCUCGACUCCGUCUUCAAGGGCGAGAGCGGCGAUGGGCAUGGCGCACUGCCGCCAUGGAGCCUGGUCAUUAUCACGACGGCCAACGAGACGCACAACGAAUUUGCGCUGCAAGCCAUCAAGAACGGACACCAUGUCAUCGUCGAGAAGCCUGCCGCGCUGACGGUCAAGGAGGCUGUCGCCCUCAAGGAGGCCAGCGAGGCCGAGGGCGUCAUCUGCUGUGCAUACCAGAACCGGCGACUGGACAAUGACUUCCUAACGCUCCGUGCGCUUCUCCACCCGCCACGUAAUGACCCCAGCCAGCCGUCGGCCAUCGGCCAGCCGACGCUCGUCGAGUCUCGCUUCGACCGCUAUCGGCCCCUCGCAAAGGGAGGCUGGCGAGAAGAGGUCGGGCCUGAAAAGGGCGGUGGAAUGCUGUGGGAUCUUGGCGCCCAUCUCGUGGAUCAAGCCCUCGUCCUCUUUGGGCCCCCGGAAAAGGUGACUGCAUUUGCUUCCUCAGCUCGUGGCCAGCUGCCCGAGAAUGUCGACGACGACUUCCUCAUCCAUCUCCACUACCCCACCACGGCGCCGCUGCCCCCGGACAGCGAGGCGCCUCUCCCUGGCACCCGGAUCGGUGGUCCAAGGGUCACGCUGGGCGCCAGCUGUCUGAGUGCCCACACAGACGCAGAGCAGCCCCGCUGGAAGGUCGAGGGUACCAGGGGCAGCUUCCUCAAGACGGGCACCGACCCGCAGGAGAACCAGCUCAAGGCCGGCUGGACGCCUGCUUCGCACCCCGAGGCCUUUGGCAUCUACGCCAAGGACAGCCCGCGCGCGCUGUCCAGCGCUCGCCUCACGACGAGCACUGCUGCCUCGUUGGCGGCCGCCGUUGCCGCCGCUGCCUCUGCUGGCGGCGCACCAAAGCAGCCCGAGCUGGCCAGCACAGACAUUCCCAUGCUCCCGGGCCGCUACAUCGACUUUUACGCAAACGUCGGCAACACCAUCUGGGCCGUCGAGGCUGUCCGCGAGAGUGGCGGCGUCGACGAGAUCGAAAAGGUCAAAAAGGAGAGGCUCCUCGUCAAGAUUGACGAGACUGUCGACGUGACCAAGUGCAUCCUCCUCGCGCGCAAGAGCGCCGCCGAGGAGAGGACCGUCAAGUGGUCCGAAGGCGUGUAGAGGUCGGUCUCAGAGCACAGUAGCUUUCAUCAAACCAUCAAAAGAGGACGAAAAUGUACAUUGGGAGGCAUCAAAGAAUGAAUAAAAGGAGCAUACAUGGGCGUGGCAGCACAGCGACAAGAGAAAAAAAAAGCUUGACUGAAUGUGACCAGUUACCCUUCAAUGAGCCUACACCUCGCGACGACGCUCUCAAGGACCUCGGCGUCAUUGAGGUCAAAGUGCGACUUGACGAGGUCACCCACGUCGACGUUCUCGACGCCGGGCACGUUGAGAAUGGCGCGGCUCCCGCAGAUGCGUGGCAUCUGUCCGCUCUGCAGCUCCUCGAGCGAGAUGCCGGAGCCGAGCCAAGCUGCAAUGGC